UUUAAAUCUUCCAAAGUUUCAAAUAAGUUGCUUUAAUUUUACUAUUUAGUUUUAAAUGAAGUUUUAUUGUUUAAUUUGUGUGGCUAUUUUUAUUAUGCAACAAGAUAUUUCAGAACAAUACUCGAAAUAUCGUGAGAGUUAUAAAAAUUACAUCAAAACUGUGAUUUGUCACAUUCAUUCAAAAAUUCAAUUGAAUGAAAUGCUAAAUCUAAAAUCAAAUAAUAAUACAAAUAAUACAGUUGUUUUAAUAGAAUUCCAAUCAGGCACAAACAUGCAUGAUUUCAGUGAGAAUUAUUCUAAUACAAUAAGUAUACUAAAUUUCAAGUAUACGGAAAUACUUAAAACCUUCCUCAAUUACCUAGACUUUAUUCUCCGUAAAUGUAAGCAAUUCCAUGAUGAAAAUUUAUGGGAAAAUUUUAUUUGUUGUAUAACAUCACUUGUAGAAGAAGUGAAAAAUUCCAAUACUAUGUUGGACUACCUUUACAACGCUAUGAAGUAUAUAAGCGACAUAGAUGUAAGAUAUGUGUUUAAAGGACACAAUGUACCAAAUGCUAUAGUUGAUGAAAUUGAUUUUUUUAAACAACUUGUCUUACAAUAUACAUCAGAGACUGUAUCUUUUGAUCUCAAUAGCUUACCACAUCUUAAAGACUCUGAAACGAAAUUUAAGAAUUUAAAUGAAUUUUAUGCAGUAGCAUCAGAAACAGUAAACAUUAUGUUUCAAAAUAAUAAUUUAAUCGACACUUUUAUAGAAACUAAUUCUAUAACAAAUCAAAUUACGGAAUGCUCUAACAAAAACGAUUCUUACUUAGUCUAUUUAACAUGUAGUAAUCUUAAUGCGUUUUAUAACGAAACCAUAGACAUGUGGUACAAGAAUCUUGGCUUUGACCUUUUUUUUAACCCUAUUAUACCCAAAUUUACACCUCCAUUAGACCCAAAAAUAAAUCAAAAUGAUGGAAUUAAAGUUUUAAAUAUUCUUCGUCAGGAAUCUGGUUGGAAAACAAUGAAUCACAUAAAAAUUAUUUAUAAUGGUAAAUCAUUCAGUGUAGAUUUUAUAAUGAAAGACGAAAUUAAUAACAUAAAUUUUCGAGUGAAAAAAGAACAUAUAAUACAAUUAUUGAGAUGUAGGUAUACAGAGAUAAUAAAAAAUUACGAUAUAAUAGUUUCUGCCAUACUACAUAUAUGCCAAAUAAAUGCACAUCGUCACUAUCACAAUUGUUUGGUUGAAUUAUUUGACUCGCUCAAUAAAUCAAAAACAAUGUUUAAUGGAUUGAAAUCUGCUAUAACUACUUUAAAUGAGUCAUCAAUAUGGAGUUUUAAUGUAAACUCUCAAUCGAAUUUACAGAAAAUAUUUGAUUGGGCUAAAGAUUUUCUAAAUUUAUUGAAUAACAAUGAGUUUUCUAAAGAUAAAAACGAAUAUAAUGAAAUACCAAUAACCGAGAAUGUUGAAAAAAUUCUAAAAAACUUUUUAAUUUUUCGUGAUAUAUUCUAUAGAGAGUUAAGAAAUGAUACAAGUCAUAUGAGUGAGCGUUGUGUUCUAGAAAAUUCUUAUCUUGAAAAAUUCAAACUAAUAAAUGAUUUCAGGUUUUCAAAAAUUACUAAUCAAAAUUUUGUAUCAACAAAACAAAUAUAUCAAAAUGGGUGUAAUUUUUUUGACAGUUUUUGUAAAAGUGUUUACGAAAAUUGCUAUGAAAAUCUAGGUUUUAAUAGCAUAACGUUUACUACCUCAACAAUAGCAUGAUGAAAAAUUUAUUGUAUAUAAGAUAAAUUCCUUAUCCACUUUGUUUUAAUUACGUAGUUAAAAAUUUCAAUUAUUCACUUAUUAAAAUAUAAUAUUAAAAAUAUUUGAUUAAAUACUAAAAAUAAAAUAUAUAAUUAAUAACGUU